AUGUCACUGUUACGUACGAGUGUAUGGAUGAAGCAAGUACGUCAGUUUUCAUUGUGUUCGAGUAAGUGUUUUUGUUGUAGUUAUAUUCUGGUUUAGUAAAUGCAACGUCAAACAGGGCAUGUCUUGGUCGUCCAUCACGCACAAAAUACCUGAAGCAAUACAAAAUCACUUUGAUGCAGUCCGACGGAUCGACUAUCGAAGCUCGUUAUGCAGCCCCAUUGCAUUUCGUUCGACUUCCACUUGAUCUGAGAACAGCCGAUGAGAAUGAGAGGCGGCAGAGAUUGGCAUUGAGGAAGCCUCAGGUCAAGAAGAUGAAGGAAGAAGUCUUAGAUGACAACUUUGACGCCGGAGACUAUCUGAAAUAUUUCCAAAAAUAG